AUGGCCAAGCAUAACAAGGAAUUUUACUUGGAAGUGCAUAUGAUGUACCGGCGGAUGACACGUCGAAAACAUAAACAUCUUGCACCGCCAUUCGAUGUAGAAACGGAAAAUCGUCUUUACUUCUCUAGUCACGUUAAGAGGAGACCGUCUGAUCGUCCUAUCCAAGCUGUGCUGAGUAUGCUUCCAGAUCCUAACUGGAAAAGGCCUCCUUCCUAG